AUGGAAGCCUUGAGGACGGCGAAGCGUGCCGGCGGCAGCUUGGACGACCGGCUGAGCGACCUGCCGGACUGCCUCCUCUAUGACAUCCUGUCGCGCCUCAAGGCCCGGCAGGUCGUUCAGACGUGCGUGCUGUCGCGGCGGUGGCAGCACCUCUGGCCCACGUCCCCGUGCCUCGACGUCGAUAUCGGCGAGUUCCGCCCCGAUGCGACUCUACGUCCCAGCCCGUGGCCGCUGAGCCCCGCCCAGCUCGCUAACUACGGGAAGGAGCAGCCGGACGAGUUCGCCGACUUCGAGGACUUCGCCGACAGCCUUCUGGUCCAUCGGAUUCGGAGCGCCGGCGCUGCGCCCCUGCAAACCCUGCGGCUGCGCCUCCCUCCGUUAUGGUUGAGCGAUCCGUCAAUGUACGGAUACGGCAAUGAUAUCUUCGUGACCAAGUACACGAGGUGGGUGCGUCGCGGCCUCCAGUGCUCCCCGGCGGCGCUCGACGUGCGUGGCUCCGUCAGGCUGCCCCCUCUAGCCUCCCACCGCCUCACGAGCCUGCGCCUCGACCAGGUGACCCUCCACCGUGAUUUCGCGGAGCACCUCGCCUACGGGCUCCCCGUGCUGGAAGACCUGCAGAUCACGGGCACCAGGUUAUCAGCAUCGCUCCCGAGGAUCGCGUCCGGCACGCUUAAAAACCUCGUAGUCGAAUCCUCCAAUCGGAACAGCGAGAGCCUAACCUUCACCAUCGCCGCCCCUCGACUCGCGUCGCUGCACCUCGCCGUUAACUUCCGGUGCCUCAUCUCCUUCGCCGUCGUCCUCGAGGAGGCGCCUUGCCUCGUCCAAGCAUCCGUCCGCCUGGUAGGGACGCCUGAUCUCCGGCACAAACAGGGGGGCGGCUACUACCUUCAGCAGGACAGGGAUCUGCUCAGGGCUCUGUGCAACUUCAUCGGCUCUCUGUCCCACGUCUGCACCCUGAAGCUGCACGGCUUUGGCAACAUGACAGUAGUUGAGCAACCUACACCUCAUGCUCCACCUGUUGGAGCUCAAUUCUUUCAAUAUCAGCCGGAGAUGCUGCACGCAUAUAUACCUUUUGUUCAACCACCUGGACCAUUCUUCUUGCCAGAUCAGCCGCCGAUGCCGCUGAUGCCGCCACUGGCCAAGGACAAGUUCCCGCGGCCAAUGUUGCAGGCGAUGCUCGACGAGGAGCACCAUGGGUUACCGGUGUUUCGCAGCAUGAGGACCUUGGUCCUUGAGGAUUCCGAGAUUGGCGGCGAUGCUCAGACGCUCUGCCGUUUUCUGCAUAAUGCUCCAGCCCUAGAGAAGCUCACUCUAAAGAACUGUCAGUGCCCUGAGUUCCCAAACAGUUCAAUGGUGGAGCUACCUCGGACCAUAUCCCUCACCCCCAACCUAAAAUCGGUGGAAAUCAUCGAGGGCGACAAAGAUGGGAGCAUAGACGCGGAGCAAACAAACGAGGUCUUGACGUCCAUGAUGUUAGGUAAUCUGCCGGCGACUACCAUGAUCCAAGUCACCAAAUUAGGAGGAAGGAAUUAG